AUGGGAGAUACUGAGGCUACUGUGAAGUCGAAGAAGACAGUUUUUGUAACUGUUGGAACUACUUCUUUUGAUGCUCUUAUUAGAGCAGUGGAUACUCAGGAGGUUAAAGCAGAGUUGUUAAGGAGAGGGUAUACCCAGCUUCUCAUUCAAAUGGGCCGUGGAUCUUAUAUCCCCACCAAGUCUGAAGGAGGAGAUGAGACCCUUGCUGUAGAAUACUUUACUUUUUCAUCAAGCAUUGCAGACCAUCUGAGGGCAGCAUCUCUUGUGAUUAGUCAUGCAGGGUCAGGGAGCAUAUUUGAGACAUUGCGGCAUGGUAAGCCGUUAAUUGUGGUGGUGAAUGAAGAUUUGAUGGACAACCAUCAAAGUGAGUUGGCAGAGGAACUAGCAGACAGGAAGCAUUUGUACUGUGCUCGUCCGCAGACACUUCAGCGUGUUAUAGCAGACAUGAAUUUGGAUUCCCUCAUUCCAUACCACCCAGGUGAUGCCAAACCUGUCGCCAAGCUUGUCAGUCGGUUUCUUGGUUUUGCAGACGACUGA